GUCGUGCCUCGCCUCGGAAUCCCCAGCGCUCGGGAGCAGGCCGUGCGUCCGCAGAUGAAGCCCGCGCGGGCCAGCCCCCGGCCGCGCCCCACCUCCCGGCCGCCUCCCAGGCCCGCCCUCGUCUCUCCUUCCUCUCAGAAGCCGCCACCUCUCGUCGCAGCCUGCGGACGUGCCGGGGCGCCCGCGCGGGCCGCCUGGGACCUGAGGCCCGCUUCCUUCCCCGCGCGUGUGGCUGACGCACCAACCCUCUCCCCGACUCCGCCUAGCCCGGAGAGCCGCGCCCGCCCCCGCCCCGAGUCCCCUGAACGCCCCGGGCUUGGGUACCCGACCAGGCUGCGGCCACCAGCCCCGCGCGGGAGUCGGGGUCCUCCCAGCUCCGAGAGCCCGAGCCAACGCUGGAGGGGUCUGUGUCUUCCGGUACAGCGUGUAUUGACUAUGCCAAAGCCUUUGACUGUGUGGAUCACAAUAAACUGUGGAAAAUUCUGAAAGAGAUGGGAAUACCAGACCACUUGACCUGCCUCUUGAGAAACCUAUAUGCAGGUCAGGAAGCAACAGUUAGAACUGGACAUGGACCAACAGACUGGUUCCAAAUAGGAAAAGGAGUUCAUCAAGUCUGUAUAUUGUCAUCCUGCUUAUUUAACUUAUAUGCAGAGGACAUCAUGCGAAAUGCCAGCCUGGAUGAAGCACAAGCUGGAAUCAAGAUUGCCAGGAGAAAUAUCAAUAACCUCAGAUGCGCAGAUGACACCACCCUUAUGGCAGAA